CAAGCAUCUGAGCCGCAACACAGUCCAACCGCUUACCCUUACCUCCACUUUACCCCUCGUCAUGCCGACCUUGUGUACACUUCCUAUUCCUACUACUCCUUAACCGACCAUCAAUUCAUUACCCUCGAACUUGACCAUGGCGGACCGUAGUAGGUUCUCCUUGAGGACCGGUCCUCGGCGUAAGAACCGACCUACCAUCAGCGCCCCUCGACAAAUCUCCGAACCAAUUCCUCAGACCGAAGGUACACCGGUUCGCGUGCCAGGUUCAACACCAGCUCCUCCUGUUCCGGGACUGCCUGCGAAAUCCAUCACAGACACAGCAGUUCCUCGACCGCGACCACGGCCAACCCCGCAACCGGGGGGUGAUAAAACUUCAGAUCUCGUCAAGCGACGAUAUUCGACACGAUUCGGCGCGUUCCCGGAAAGCCUCGACGGCUCCGCACCUCCCGUGCCGACCAUACCCUCCCUUGAAAAAUACGAGAACCAGGACAGGAGAGGAAGACCGCCUCCGUCCAGAGAUGGAGGCGCGAGUGCAGCUCCUGUUGUUGACGUGAGGGCUCUGCGGGACCCCAACCUCGUACCCGAGCAAUAUGUUGCGACUUUGCUAGGCGACGCGAACGAGGACCAGAUUCGAGACUUUGAACACUCCCUCCGUGUCCUGAAGAACAGAGCCGCCACCGAUCUACAGCAGAAUGUCCUGCAGAACCGGACGCAGUUUAUCAAGAUCAGCAAGGAAGCCGAGAAGCUCAAGAGCGAGAUGUGCGCGCUGAGGAACCUCAUGUCCGAGUUGAAGGCGAACACCACCGCCCUGCGAGCCGCCUCAGGCAGCGGCAUCGGCGGGGGCUCGACCGGCCUGGACGGCGAGCUCUCCACCGGACUGAGCAAGAGGGACAAGCGCAGCUCCGUGGCGGACCGGAGCGCCCUGUGGAAUUCGCAGAUGCAGGCCCUGUACAAGAACGUCGAGGGGACGCAGAAGUUCCUCCCCCACAGCGCCGGCCGCCACGUGCUGCAGAACGCCGGCUCGUGGGUCGAACUGGACAAUGCGACGUACAAGUCACGGCGGGGCAUGCAGAUCUUCCUGCUCAACGACCACCUUCUCAUCGCCUCUCGUAAGAAGAAGAAGACGACGGAGGGGGCUCCGCGGGACGGCCAGACCAGCCCUGUCGUCAAGCUGGUCGCCGACCGGUGCUGGCCGCUGCUCGAUGUCGAGGUCGUGGACAUGGCGGGCACGAGCGAGUCCUCGGGCACAGGCACAGGCACAGGCACAGGCACAGGCACAGGCACAGGCGCAGGCACGGGCACGGGCACGGGUACGGGCGCGCGGAAUAAGCUAGCCGACGCGAUCAUGGUCCGGGGCGUGGGGCAGGAGUCGUUCAUCUACCGGACCGAGAAGGCCGAGGACCCGGAAAAGGUGUCUCUGCUCCUCAACAUCCGAAAGGCCGUGGAGGAGCUGCGGAAGAACCUGCAGUCGGAGAUGGAGGCCAGCAACAAGGCCAAGGAGACGAUCAACUACUUCGCCUCCCGCGACCCCGGCCUGCUGCAGAAGGCCGAGCUCCUGGAAACGCUGUCGGACGUCAAGGACAUGCUGAUCGAGGUCGACGGGAAGCAGCACAACCUGCGCUGGGUGGAAAGCCAGAUGGACGAGCUCGACAUCGACGUGGCGCUGCAGAACUUUGAGGUUGCCGUGUCCCGGGUCGAGAAGAUGAAGAACCUGGCCCGGGGAUUGAAGAGCAACCCUGUGGCGCAGGACUUCAUCAACUUCAAGGUCGAGGAGCGUCGCGGCAAGGUGGCCGACUUGAUCAUUCGCGAGCUCGGGGCGACCCAUAAUGCGCUGUCCAAGACCCAGCGCAACGUGUCGUGGUUGACGAGGCUGGGCUUUCAGGACCGCGCGAGAGAAGUCUACCUUGCGGGGAGACAUUCCCUGAUACAGAAGCGGAUAAGACAAUGCAUCUUCCAAGGAGAUCUACACAUGUACAUUUGGGAGGUAUCGUUCGUGUACUUCACCCUCAUCCGGAACACAGUCAACUGCUUCCAGUCGUGUUUCCCGCCGCCAAUGAUGAGCGCAUGCGUCAAGUGGGCCAAGGAGGAAGUGGAGGCGUUCAAUACCAUCUUGGCCCGCCAGCUGAGCAGCACAGAGCCCGGUGAGAAAGUAUGGACGGAUUGCAUGGGCCGGGCCCGAGAGCACGCCAAGAUGUUGUCGGAGGUUGGACUGGACUUUACCGAUCUUGUCGGCCGGGAGUCCGGGAGUUGAUGGGCGAGGUAGAUGCCAACAACAACCCGGCCGGUCUGGCAUUAGGAUGAACGGGUGUCAUGCUUAGGCUGCUAUUACCCUAUGGUCGUGGUCAGGGCAGUCCGGCGGUAGAAUGAUCGGCUGUUACUCUGCCGCUUCAAUAUGAAGUUAUGGAUGCAGGUGAACCGAGUAGCAGUUCACAUUUGGAUGAACGACUUGAGACGUAUCUCUUGAUGGGAACCGAUAUAAUGAAGAGUCC